AUGAUCUCUCUGUUUGCUGCUCUUUGUUUCCUCACAGCUGUGGAAACUUCUGACAUCUCUGAGGUUCAGGUGCAGACAGUGAGGAGUGGAGAUGAUGUGAUUAUACGAUGUGAUCUGAACUCAUUUAAAGGAAAAAUAAAUGAUUUAAUCUGGUUCAAGCAGAGUUUUGGAAAAGUGCCUCAGAGUCUAAAAAUAAAAUCUAGGGGUGUUUAUGUAUUUCGUCAGGAAUUUAAUAAUACACGUUUUAAUAUUAUAAAAGAUCUGAACAUUACUGGAACUAAAGAAGAGGAUUCAGGAACUGUUUACUGUGCAGAGAUGCUAAAUAAUGAAGUUUAUUUCAUAUCUGGACGUAUUUUGGUUGUUGAAGCUGACGAGAGGAAGAACAGAGAACCUCUCAGACUCCGGUGUUCAGAACACAGUGAUGGGUGUGAGAAGAUCUCUGAGGCAGGUUCUCCUGAACACAACUGUAGCUUCACUUUACUCAGGAGGAACCUUCAAUCUUCUCAUGAUGGAAAAUAUUUCUGUACUGGUGCUGCACGAGAAGAGAUCCGGAACAGAAAUGGAGCUACACAAGAAAAUAAUCUGUAUGUAAAAGCACUGGUGCGAGGUGGUGAUUCCCCAUCCUGCCUUCCCUCCCACAGACACGGCCACUUGUACCCGCUGAACCCGAGACUCGAGGCUCUUUGGUGGUUGGCGAGCGUGUUAGACGGCUGCUGA